AUGCGGCCGUUGCAGGUCCCGACCUGGGUGCACAUUUCGUACGAGGAGAAGAAGCUGAUCGCCUACCUGGCCGGUGUCGGUACGACGGCUUGUAGCCUCUAUCUCCUCACGAUGGCGGGCCGAUCGUUGAGUUUUUCCGAUCAAAGCAGCCCGUGUCUGUCGGAGAACAGUGCGUACAACCUGGAAAUCACGCUCGUGGUCAUCCUGUCCGUGGUGUACCUUUUCAUUGGUGGUGCGUUCUUUUGGGGCAUCUGGCGCGAGAAGGCCAAGUAUCUGUUGCCGUUCUUGUGCUUUCUGGUAGCGGCAACGGGUUUCCUUGGACAUGCCCACAUCGACUGGAUGCUGUUCGAGGCCGGCACUGGUGAGCGACAGUUUGGUAUCUUCGCUUUCAUCUGGGCAACGAUGGUUCUAACGUUUGCGAGCACGAUCAUCUUGCUUCUGUAUCGCGAAAUGAACUCGGGUAAACACACCAAGAAAGGCCUUUUUGAAGUGUUUUACAACGACGAAAAAUACUGAGCAUUUCCCCGCUGGUGGUGAAUUGAAAUCGCGUGUAUAUUUAAGGUGCAGCUGUAAGCUUUUAGUGUUACAAAUAAAGUGUUAUUCCAUUUCGAACACACACACACGCUGGUGGAUGGAUUACAAAUUGCUCGCUUCAUCUCUGUGCAGUCGUGAAGCUUGCUGAGAAUGGUGUCCGACUCGUCAGGUGCAGGUUGCGUCCUGAGGCGGUGCAUAAACGUGCGCUCUAUCUGCCAACACUAAUUAAGCUCCGGUGGGCCUCACGACCAACCCUCGGGACGUUCCCAACGCGAGCAGCACAAGUGUGAGCAGACAGCGAGGGCAGUUUUCCUCACUCUUU